UCCCGUGGACUGACACUAAUUCAGGAAUUUUCGACAAUGAAAAGUGACAGUGCGGGGAGUAUGAGGGAUGCGGCAGUGAAAAUAUCGAUAGAUGAGGAGAGAAGGAAAAAAAAUGAUGCGGAGGACACGCGCGAGCGUUCCAUCAUUAUUAUUGGAAGUAAAGGAGUUGGGAAAACAACGAUGGUCUACAGAUUUCUGGAGAAGGAUGAGACUCCUAAGCCGACACUCGCUAUGGAUUACUCAUUCGGAAGAAAAGCUGGCAAAAGUUUGAUGCGAGACGUAGUUCACAUGUGGGAAGUUGGUCACCUAGCAUCCUCCCUAAUCUCAGCUGCAAUGACUGGCGCUUCGUUGACACACUCGGUCCAUCACACGACCCUCAUGGUGAUCCUUGACCUGGCAUCACCAGAUGUUCUAUGGUCAACCCUGGAGGAGAGUUUGGCAGCUGCUCGGAGCGCUAUGAAAAUGAGUUUCACUGAUGAAAUUAUCGAGGAAAUGAAGCAACGGAGAAUUAACGAUUUCCGCAAGUGUACGGAGAAGCGGAUUGAUCCGUUUCCGAUGAAACUCUGCAUUGUGGGGGGAAAGUACGAUGAGUUUAAGGAUUAUGACUUGGGAAAGAAGCAGAUGAUUGGGAAAACUCUCAGGGCAGUUGCCUGUAAUCUUGGGGCUGAUCUUCAGUAUUAUUCGUCCAAGGACAGUGGACUUGUUAGGAAGAUGAAGGAUUUACUUAGUUGGCAUGGAUUUAGUAAUCAUCCGCUGAAAGGGAUUUGUAGUGAUUUAGAUAAGGCCCUGUUGAUUCCGGCGGGAACUGACUCAUUCACGGCGAUAGACUUGAAAUACCCAGCGGCAUAUUCAACCUCGGUCUUGGAGACAAUAAAACAGGGAUAUCUCGCCGAAUUCCCUCCGAGCGAGAGAGACGACGAGAUCGACCUUGAGGAUCCAGCUAACGAUCCCAACUUCAAUGAAGCAGUAAUCGAUCGGCUGAGGUCGCAAAGAGAAGAGGAAAUCGCCGUGAAUCUCCGAGAUAUGAUGGAAGGUCGCUCACCGAAAAUAAUCAUACCCGAGCCGUAUUAACAUCAAUUGAUUCAUAAUUCGUUAAUAAUAAAAGCAAUCAACACUGUUAGAAAACAUUUUUUUAUCGA